AUGAUGAACCGUUUCACCUCCAGAAUUAGUAGAUUACAGCUGGGCCGUGUUGCUAAGAGGUUAAAGAGUACAGAAGCUUCGCAAGAUGAAAUUCAUCAUUUCCAAGAAUUGGCACCUACUUGGUGGGAUCCCCAUGGACCUCAACGUAUAUUACAUCUUAUGAAUAAUGCUAGACUGGAUUUCAUUCAACGUACACUGCGCAGCUGUGUUAAGGUUGAUAAUCCUGAUAUCUUCAUUCCGGGAUUCGACCACACCAGCUUUUUGCCCAGAUAUGUUUCUAACAACAUAGAAAGAGAAUUGACAGAGGAGAUUAAUGACCAAUUGGUCCAUAAGCAAUAUUCAGUUCUGGAUAUUGGAUGUGGUGGAGGCAUAUUGGGAGAAUCAAUGGCACGUCUCCCAUUUGUGAAAAGGGUCACAGGUAUUGAUUUGACUCCUGAAGUGAUCGAAGUGGCUAAACAGCACUCUUUACAGGAUCCUGCUAUUUUGGAUAAACUGGAUUACAAGCUAAUGCCUUUAGAAAAGGUCCAGGAGAAAUUUGAUAUUGUUACCUGCUUUGAAAUGCUAGAACAUGUAGAUUAUCCAUCCGAAAUAUUAAAACAUGCAUGGAAUAGACUACAUCAAGGAGGCAUAUUAUAUCUAAGCACUAUUAACAGAGAUCCUAUUUCUUGGUUCACUACUAUAUUUAUGGGAGAAGACGUACUAAAGAUUGUUCCAAAGGGUACACACCACUUAAACAAGUAUAUUAACUCCAGAGAAGUGAAGAACUGGUUUAAGAAAAAUCAUGCACAUAGACACGAAAUUCUGGAUUGUAAGGGUACCAUGUAUCUACCACUAAAAGGUUGGGUGGAACACGAUUGUCAAGAUAUUGGAAACUACUUUAUGGCAAUAAGGAAACUAUAA